AGCAAGUCAUUCACACAAGGUCUGCACUUGGGAAAGGUAGUUUGUGAUAUUUAGUGUUUGAUCUGUGUAUAAAGAAGGUUGGUUAACUGUGUUGGGUUGUUUCAUCAUAAGAUUCAUUCUAGUUCUCGUACGGAGUAAGAGGUUGCAUUGACCAACUUAUAUGUUGAUUAAAAGGUUAUAAAAUUAGAUAAUACUGUUGAUAGCACCGGUAGUAAAGCACGGUGUUGAAGGUGUCUGUAUAAAUAUGGAACGUGUGUUAGAAGUGAAAAUUCCUGUUCCUUGGGGUCAUGUUAGUGGUAAGAAGGAUAUUUUUAGGUAAAUGGUGGGGUUCUCAUGACAAACAGCCCAUAUUGGCGCUACAUGGUUGGCAAGAUAAUGCUGGAACAUUUGACACAUUGGCACCUCUAUUAUCUUUGCACACGCCAGUAUUAUGCAUUGAUCUUCCUGGACAUGGAUUUUCUUCGCAUUAUCCCAAAGGACAGUUUUAUUACUUAUGGUGGGAUGGACUAGUGGUGAUUCGACGAAUAGUGAAACAUUACGGUUGGGAGAAGGUUACAAUUCUGGGGCAUUCCUUGGGUGGAACGAUAGGUUUCUUGUAUGCCGCGACAUUCCCACAAGACAUCGAGAAACUCAUGUGUAUUGACAUUGCCGGUCCAUCUGUCAGGUCCGUCCCCUACUUUGUACAGCAAACGGGUGGUAUCGUUGAUCAAUUUCUGUUGUAUGAAAACUUUGCUGAAGAUACUGCCCCUUCGUACACACGCGAUGAAAUGCUGAGACUUAUGUUGGAAGCUUAUAAAGGUGCCCUCACGAAGGAGUCUUGUGAAAUAAUGAUGAAACGUGGCGCAAAGCCUCUGGCCUCCGGUGAUUGCGACGUGAAGGGCGAUGUCUUCCGUUUUUCACGGGAUUCUCGUCUCAAGUAUGGAAUCCUAGGUUUCCUAUCGAUCGACAUGACUUUGGAGUAUGCAUCAAAGAUUACAUGUGAAGUCUUGAAUAUCAGGGGUAAACCAGGAAUGAAAUUUGAUCCUGCAGAAAAUUAUCACAUCGUACUUGACAAAAUUAGAAAAUCAGCUAAGAAGCUGGAGUUCUACGAAGUGGAAGGAACACAUUUUCUGCACUUAAAUAAUCCAGAAAGUAUAUGUCCAAUUAUUGUAAAGUUUUUAAAAUCAUAAUAUGCGUACGCCAGAAAUAAACGUGCCCAUACUGGCUACAUAUAUAAUAUUUAUCUGCUAGGAAAUGGGCCGUUAUUGCGUCUUAGACCAAAUUAAAAUUGUACAAUUUAUUGUAGAUGCAUAUGACUACAAGGAAGAGACAG